CAACCCACCAUGACAACCUCUGGCCAGGUAUCAUUCGUCCUCUCAUCGGCGGCCGAAGCAGGGUCGUCCCAUUCCUCGUCCUCAUCAGCUUCAUCCUCGCAGAAGAGCUCGCCCCUCCAAUCGACGCCACCGUGGCAAGGGCGUGACGGGGAAAUGCCCGCGUUAAGCUUUGCGGUCGAUCUUGAGAAAGGCCUCUCCAAGACAGCAAGCACCCACUCUCUUCCGCCCCUCCCUUCAAAGUCUCAUACGCCAUCACGCACCCCGCUUCCAGAAUCGCUUGAGCCUGGAACCGAUCCUCUUGAGUGGCCGGAAUGGUAUAAAGCUUGGGCGAACACGACGUACUGCCUUUUGAUCUUGUGCACCACCUAUUCUUCCUCGGCAUUUGCACCGUCGGCCAAACAGGUCCAACAUGCCUUCAAUGUCGAUUACCACGUCGCCAUCUGCGGAACGUCGUUGUACGUACUCGGCUUCGCGCUGGGACCACUGCUCUUCGGACCACUCUCUGAGCUUCAAGGUCGCAAGGUGGUGUACGUUGGCGCCUUUAUUCUUCUCACCGCAUUCAACCUGGGAGCUUGUCUUGCUCCCAAUAUCGAGCUCCUUCUCAUCUUCCGCCUGCUCGGAGGCAUAUGCGGAAGUUCGGCACUCAACAACGUCGCCUCCUCGAUCGUCGACAUGACCAGGGUUCGCAACCGGCUUCGUUACAAUGUCGCGUACCGCCUCGUGAGCUUUGGUGGACCAACUCUGGGGCCGCUGGUGGCGACUUUUAUCACAGAGGAGGUGGGAUGGCGAUGGAACCUCAGGACUUUGCCCAUUUUCUCUGCCGUUGUUCUUGCACUGUACGCUUUCACAGUGCCGGAAAGCCAUCGUGCCACUCUCCUGAGACGGCAGCGGAGACGAAGGGGGGAGAAGGAAUUUGGCGAAGAUGGCAAGCAGAUGCCCAGCUUGUCUAUCAGUCAGCGAUACGCAAUCGCCCUCAAAAGGCCCUUCGUUUUCAUGUUCACGGAGCCCGUCAUCAUUAUUGUAGGCUUGUACACGGCUCUUCUAUACGGACUUCUCUACGGCACUCUGGCUGCCUUCCCCGUAGUGUGGCAGGAGAUCCGCGGACGUUCACCCGAAUACGCCAGCCUGACCUACCUUUCGAUUCUGGGAGGCUUCACACUAGGAGCUCUCAUCAUUGGAUGCUUUUUGCAGGAUUGGCAAUUUAAGAGGGCUUACGAUGAGCAUCGCUAUGUCCCCGAAACUCGAAUCGGUCCAGCAACAUGGGCUGGCUUCGCCGUUCCGCUCGGCCUAUUCUUGUUUGCAUGGACUGCACCCUACGACGCCCUCGUUGGUCCUGUCGACGUCCACUACAUCAUCCCCUGCUUUGCCCUCAUCAUUUUCGCAUUUGGCAUGCAGGUCGUCUUCAAUUCCUGGCUGUCGUACGCUGCCGACAGCUACGGUGCAUCGAGCGCCUCGGCUAUGGCCGCCUGUACCUUUUCAAGGUCGCUCCUUGGAGCUGCUUUCCCUUUAUUCAUGAGCGAUGUCAUUAACAAGACCUCGGUGCAGGCAACCUUCACCUUUUUGGGUUGCCUCUCUCUCAUCCUCUCUUUCGGAAGCAUCGCCUUUGUCCGAUACGGUCACAUGCUACGGGCUAAGAGCCGCUUCGCCACUGACCCAGAGUAACCUUUUUUUUAACGACUCCCCCAGUGAUGUCCGUCUCGCUGUCAUCCACUUUGUACUUGUGCAUACACGUUUUCAUCAUUAUCGUUCAGCUGUAAAAUAUUGUCACCGCGACUCUGAUGUCACAUCGAAGAAACGUCACGCACGGUCUGACUCUGAAUUCCGGCGCCUCGGGCAUCCUUCAAGACGCACCAACGUCGGACACACGUCCUAGUCCCUGACCGAAAGUCCUUGCAGUCCAAGAUUUGCAGACGGGAAAAUUCAACGUGCUUCACAUUGCAGCAGC